AUGAGAAUAGCAAUCGACUCGUUGCUCUGCGAUGACGACGUUACCCCCAUCGAUCUGGGCGUUGAACCCCUAAACUCGACGCUCAGAAAUACGCCAGCGUGGUCUGCCUGGUCAAUCUCGGUGUCGUUCUGCGGCAGUAAAUCCGACCCCAUCCGACUAUUGUACAACACAGACCAGAGCCAGGCCGCAAUCGUUGGAUAA